AUGCCGGUCGCCAGCAGCGCCUCCCGCCAGCCACGCCCCCUGGGCCGCCCAUUGGCCAAGCCUCCCACGCCUCUGAACGAUCCCAUUGGCCUGCGCCGGCGGCUCAGACAAAGGGAGCGGCCGCGGCGGGCGGUGAUUGGGCGGGGGCGGUGGCCGCGGGGCGCGGGGCGCUGGGAUCCCGCCCGCUCCUCCGCCCGCCUUCUCUGUCCUGCACCCCUCCCGCCCCGGGGCUCCUGCCCGGACGGCGGCCGCCGCCGUCUCGUCUUCCCCGAGGGCUCCGCGUCCGUCUCCACAUCUCGGCCGGGAACCUGGGAACGCGGGAACUCGAACCCAGGAGGACGUGCCCGAGCCAGGACCCACCGCGGGGACCCUCUGGCCGGGAAGAGGACUCGGGCCCUGGCGGUCGAAGACGGACGCAGCUCCCGGAAAGGCGAGCCGGGUCUCCGGCUCCUGGAGCUUCCUAACAAAGGGCGGAGGCGAAGGAGGCACGAUGGGCAGUGGGCUCGGAAGCCGGAGUCGAAAGAAGAACGUUAUAAAAAUCCGUCACUUCCCAGUCCCCGCGCACUCCCAAAUCAUCAGAGUUUGGGUGGGGACAAAGUGAAUCCCCGCCUAGAGUCGGGUUUGGUAUCCAUGGCCUGGUUUUCGGCCCGGGCGUCUGGAGCCCUGGGGAACCUCCCCCAGCUCGUCCCAAGUCGCGGUUUCCGAGCUGGGGAGAGAAGGGCCCUGGGGGCGAGAGGGGUCGGGGCACAGCGCGCAGUUUCUCCUGCCGCCUUCGAGGACGGAGACUCGGGGUUCGCAGCGCCCUGGCUGCGCGAAUCUCCUCGCUCCCCCCCCCCCCCCGCCCCACGAAAGACGCUCAGAGUGCACACCCGCCUGCACCAAAGCCAGGGAUCUCAUUUCUCUCAAAAUAAAACUCAAUAA